AAUUUUACCGGUAUUUCAGUUUUUAAAUUCACUCGAAAUUUUCAGAAAAUUUUCGUAAAUCAAACAAUUUCUAAACACACUCAGCAUUUUCUGAACACCCAAGCUACAAUAAAAAUUUCAAUACUGCGUAGAACCAGAAGUGAAAAACAAUUUCCAAAAAUUACAAUUGAUUAUUACAAUAAAAAAUGAAAUUCCAAUAUAAAGAGGAACAUCCAUUUGAAAAACGUAGAGCUGAAGGCGAUAAAAUUAGAAAGAAGUAUCCAGAUCGUGUACCUGUCAUCGUAGAAAAGGCUCCAAAAGCAAGAAUUGGUGAUCUCGACAAAAAGAAGUAUUUGGUACCAUCAGACUUAACCGUUGGACAAUUUUAUUUUCUAAUCCGCAAGCGCAUUCAUUUACGUCCAGAAGAUGCAUUAUUCUUUUUCGUAAACAAUGUAAUUCCACCUACAAGCGCUACAAUGGGAAAUCUCUAUCAGGAGCACCACGAAGAAGAUUUCUUCUUAUACAUUGCAUAUUCUGAUGAGAAUGUUUACGGUGGUAACUAAAUGUUAUCAAGCUAAAUACCUGGAACCAUUUCACAAAACAUAAAUAUUUCUUUUUUUUCUGGAAAACAAUAUAAAAACGAAUUAUCAAAUUAUUUUUAAACUACAUGAUUCUGUUAUCCCUAAAUCCUAAAUAAAGAAUAUUACAACCUAAAGAUGUACUAAUUUUAAUCUUUCGUCAUAUUCUCUUCUAUAAUUAUAAUUGUACAUCAACAUGAAAACUAACUUUAAAAAAAUAUAUAAAAAUGUGAUUAGAAUCUUUCUUUCUUAUUCAUAAUAGUCUGCUUAUAAAAACUCAGACCUUGCAAAGAUUCACCAAAAAAAAACAAAAAUUAGAAAAAAUCU